AGUGUUUGGCACAAGCCCGACGUCAUGUAUUCGGGACCAACAACUUCGUUUGCCCAGCAGUGUGCCUGCACAGCGCGUGCAGUUGGCGAGCGAUGUCGGGCCCAAUGGGUGGCCAGGCGGGGUUGGUCCGCACCAAGCCGAUCAGCAACCGCCGCAUGCCGACCAGAGGAUUCAAGAUGGGCAGCUAUGUGCGCAUUACCUACAGGUGUGCUGGAAAACAUGGAGCUGAAGAGGACAACGCAGACUACGAAGGCAAGCUAGUGGACAAGCGGAUCGGCGGGGAGGACCGCGAGUCCUUCAUCACACUCAAGGACUGCUUAGUCUUUGACUUGAACGGCCGAUUCGUUGAAAAGCUGAAGUCCAAGAAGCUCAUCGACGCCUACGUGCAGACCUGCGACCAUGCGGAGAAGCGGGAGAAGACCCCGGAUCGCACCGGCGCGCCGCCGCGGCCCCUGGGCCCCUCGGUGCCCUUUGAGCCGAAGGUUGCGCUCGGCCAGCAACAACAAGGCGAGUCAGGGGAGGAGGAGGACUCUGAUGAUGAGCCUGCAGGCAUGAUGAAAGGCAUGAUGCAAGGCAUGAUGGGCGGCAUGCCUAUGGGCAUGGGUAUGCCAAUGAUGAUGGGGGGCAUGAUGCCAGGCAUGAUGAUGCCGGGCAUGAUGAUGCCCGGAAUGAUGCAAAUGGGAAACAUGCAGGGUGGGCAACUGGGGCAAAUGGGCUGUCCAGGAGGCAUGGGCGGGAAUGGUCCGAUGGGCUCCAACUGCUCGGGGUCUCCUCCAAUGGGCAAUGCGCCAAUGGGCGGCAUGGGCGGCAUGGGCGGCAUGGGCAACGGCAUGGGCAUGGGUGGCAUGGGCAUGGGUGGCAUGGGUAUGGGAAUGGGCAUGGGCGGGAUGGGCAUGGGCAUGCCCAUGGGCGGCAUGGGUAUGGGUUGCCCGGGCAUGGGCUGUCCGCCCGGGCCACCUGGCCCGCCCGGCCCGCCUGGCCCACCCGCACCAACGCCCCCCGCAGCGAAGACGCCACCGCCCAGUGGGCCUCAGCCCAUUGGGGGACCACAGCCUAUCGGAGGGCCCGAAGGUGACAAAGGCGAAAGAGAACGAUCUCGGAGCCGAUGAGUUGGCUUUUGGGCCGUUUUUAGUCUCCGAGUGAGGCCGAAAGCUGCCGACUCCGAGAUGUUAGGAUGACUAAAAGGCGAGGAGAGUUGUCCAUGGGCUUAGUCCAUCGUGGCGGAGC